GGAUUGUGACGUAGAGGGGCGGCCGGGCGCAGGCGCAGAUGACCAUUAAGCAACGGUUUCCGUUUCCGCCACCCUCUCUUUCUCGUCAGCGAGGCGGCCUAGCCGGCACCGGGCGAAAAGACAAACGCCGCAGAGAUGCAGAUUUUCGUGAAGACCCUGACGGGCAAGACCAUCACCCUCGAAGUCGAGCCCAGCGAUACGAUCGAAAAUGUUAAGGCCAAGAUUCAGGAUAAGGAGGGCAUUCCGCCGGAUCAGCAACGUUUGAUUUUCGCUGGCAAGCAGCUAGAGGAUGGCCGCACGCUUUCAGACUACAACAUCCAAAAAGAAUCCACUCUGCAUCUGGUGCUCCGUCUCCGCGGUGGCAUUAUCGAGCCUUCACUUCGCCAACUUGCACAGAAGUAUAACUGCGAUAAAAUGAUCUGUCGCAAGUGCUAUGCCCGCCUGCACCCACGUGCGGUGAAUUGCCGUAAGAAGAAGUGUGGCCAUACCAACAAUCUGCGCCCGAAGAAGAAGGUCAAAUAAACGGCAAUUUCUGUGGUUAGGCUUGCCCACAGAGUUCGUCAAAGGUCUGAAUGUGCUCCGACCUAAUAAAAUCCUCUCUGACUUGAGGAGA